AUGGCGGCCGCUAACGGAAAAAGCAAGUCUGGCAGGAAGAGGGUGCUGGUUGUUGGAGCAGGAGCUGCUGGAAUGUCAUGUGCCCAUCACCUUUCUCAACACACGGACCAGUUUGAUGUUACUCUUAUCGAUGCUGUUGAUUACUGCGGAGGGCAGGCCUUUUCAAUCCCUAUCGACAAGGAACGCCAUGGAGCGAGUUGGUUGAAUCAGGGCGUGCAAGGUGGAAGCUACAUCUUCCACCACACCAUGACCAUGUUCGCGCGACAGGGCCUCCACGCCGACCCCGUAGAUUUACAGGUCUCCUUCGGCAAAGACGAUAUCUUCUGGACCAACAUGUUUCCCACUGAACUUCUUGCCCGCCACCAAAAGGAGAUUAAGAAAUUCCACCGCGUGGUCAAGAUUGUGCGAUGGUUCGAAAUCUUCUUCGCUCUCAUGCCCAUCAAGAUUCUCUUCAAGCUCUUCAUGUUUUCCGAGGAAUUCACAAACACGGUCGCCAUGCCUAUGAUCGCACUCUUCCUGGGAACCGGAAAUGAGACGCCCAACGUGCCGAGUAUGGUGUUGGAGAGACUGUGCACCAGUCCGACGUACGGCAUGUGGUAUCCGUUGGACCAGAACAGUAUCCUCACUGACCAGCCGCCGAUGGUCGUGUUCCCCAAAUUCAGCGAGUUCUACGAGAGAUGGAGGAAAGAUUUGCUGUCGCGUGGGGUUAAUGUCAGGCUUUCGACUGAAAUUACGCGAGUGAUGAAGAGAGACAAGACGGGCGUUACUGUCCGGCUGAUCAAGCGUACUCCGGCGAAAGACUCUCACAACCCUAAUAGCUCUUGGGUGCCCACGCCAUCGUACGACGAUUCUAACGCGGAUGAAGAUGCAAAAGAAGUCGAGGAACACUACGACGAACUAGUUCUCUGCGUGCUCGCCGACACAGCAAAACGCAUCCUCACCCCCACAGCCUCCUUCCGGGAAAAACAAGUCCUCGGCUCCGCAAAAUUCUCCGACGACAUAACCGUCACGCACUGGGACACGAAAUACAUGAAAAACCACUACGAGAACUUCUACACGCCCGAACGCGCUGUCCACUCCCUCUCCGGCACCGACCACUCGCACCGCACCUCGCUCGCCCAGAAAAUCUUCAAGCCAAUGUACUACAUAAAAAUGUACCCGCAGGACCUGUCCAAGCUAGAAAUGUGCUUCGACUGCACAAACUACCAGUCGCAGUUCCCGCCCGACGUCGACUUCGACAAGCAUAUCUUCCAGACCAUCUACCUGAACAAGGCGCGCGACGGCCACCUCUGGAGCAUCGACGAGAUCGACGAGACCAAGAUUAUCAGAAAAGACUGGUGGCACCAGCUCUGCCACUCGUGGACACACUACCUCUUCGUCGUGCCGUGGAUGUGGCUCCUACAGGGACACAAGCGCACGCGCUUCGCAGCCGCCUGGACGCUCGUCAACGCACAUGAAGUCGCGGUCAUGAGCGGCAUCGCUGCAGCCGUCGAUCUCGGCGCGGUGUAUCCAGCGGAUCUGGAGCGCGAUCGCUUCGCCCUGCUGAGCUUUCGCCUUUACUAUCUUCUCGCGUAUGGGAAGUGGUAUCGUAGACGGGCGACGAAGGAGACUAGGGAGGGCGAGGGCAAGGAGUGGGCGAGCGGCGAGUAUGGGUCUGUGUAUCGUGGGCCGGGCGUGUCGGUUGUGGAUCGCAAGCAGUGGCGGGAUGAGAAUGGGAUUGAGGGCGAGGGGCCGACGUAUGAGUUUCCUGUGGAUGCGGGGAGUCGGGUUAGGUAG